AUGUCCUCACCACCUUCCAGAGGUGCUUACACUGCCCGGAAACUUUCCGGAUUGAUCGACGCCAUUGGCCUGUUGAGUCGCCAAAAUCUGAGUUACUUCUUCGAGAUUUGGCGCCAACUCGUUGACAAUGAACCCACUCAGAAAUUCCCGGACACUCGCUUCCCUGAUAUUAAAUGCGUUGGGGUGUGGGACACUGUCGGAUCCGUUUACGGUGAAAUUGAUGCUUUGAAUAUCAAAGAUACAAGUCUCCCGCCCACCAUAAAGGUUGCCCUCCAUGGAAUUUCUCUCCAAGAAAAUAGGAAAAGAUUCCUCCCGACUUUAUGGACUAUUCCAUCCGGAGGAUUGAAGGAUGGUCAGGUUCUUAAGCAGGUUUGGUUUGCCGGAGCUCACUCUGACGUUGGCGGAGGAUAUGAGCGUCAUGAACUAGCAGAUAUCAGCGUCUAUUGGAUGGCGGGAGAGAUCCAAAAUCUCAUUAAUUUGGACCUCGAGUUCCUACGCUCCUACGCCCAACCUAAUCCCGACCCUUGGGGCACUUCCCAGCCUCACAAUGCCUACGAGGAGACCUCUACAGUUCUGAAACCAAUCAUAGGCCAUGAAACGCGCCUCGAGAGUGGCCAGCUUACCCCACAGGCAGUGUUCCAUUCAAGCAUCCAGUUCUCGCCCCAGAAACUCGAUUCUCCUGACUAUAUGAUCACCAUGUCUAUCGUUGAGAAAAAGUUCGGAAGUGGAUUCCAACCUCAAUACCCCCCGUUGAACGAAUUUGAGCAAUAUUGCAAGGACCAUUGGGGAACUGGGUUGAACGCAGGACGCCAUGGUAUCGAAAGCCCUCAAAUUAUUUUGCAACCACUCGCUGUUUUGAAAAAGACCUUGGGGCUUUAA